AUGAAAAUCCGUAAAUCAACGGCAAAUAAGCUUUAUGAGACAUUAUUGAUGUUUGAUGAUUUGACUCCAGAAGAAAAUCAAGAAGAGAUAUUAACAAUUCUGGGUGAUACCAUGUGGGAUGAUGAAAAUAUGGACAAUAUACGUGAAAUUAGAAACAAACUUUGUGAUCUGGUUGGAGUUUCAAGACCUAAACUGGUGGGUGGUGUAAAGAAAGCUGCUGUUGCUAAGGGUAAUGGUGAUGAUAUGGACAGUUACAAAGAUCUUCUUGGCAGAGUUGGAUACUAGAUGAUGUUUUGUGUUGCUGGAUUCAAUUUAAAAAACAAAUGUCUUGCUAUUAUACUGUACUUUUGAAAUCUAUUUGCAAUGUUCAAUCAUUACUAGACAUUUAAACGUGGUUGGCGCAACAGUUGUAGUUGUUGUUGUUGUGUAGUUGGCCUGUACAAGUUUGAUCUUCUUCAUAUCAUUAAAUGGAUAUGUGAGCGGAGCUUUCUAGUUUUCACUUGUUUCCAGUUUUCAUAUCUUUAAAGUGAAAUGGAAUUCUGAAUAAUACAUGUGGGUGGUGAUUUAAAAUGAUUUGUGAAUCAGAAUAAUAUUUGUCAGACCUUAAUAAUAAUAAUAAUAAUAAUAAUAAUAAUAAUAAUAGAAAUAAUAAUAACUUUAUUUAAAGUAAUGAUGUGAUGCAUUUCAUUGUUCUUCAUUUUCAUCUUUCAAGUGAUAUGGAAAUCAUGAUAAUAAUGAUUUGUUUAUACUAUUUCCAUAAUUUCAAAGUGUAUACAAAUUGCAGCAUUGCGCCGUCUGACAAACGCUAAAUAAAGAAAUACGGACACUCCAGCCUGUACAAGUUUGAUCUUCAUAUCAUUAAAUUGAUUUUUAAAUUUCCUAGUUUUCACUUGUUUCCAGUUUUCAUAUCUUAAAAGUGAUAUAGAAUUCUAAAUAAUACAUGUGGGUGGUGAUUUAAAGUGAUUUGUGAAUCAGAAUAAUAU